UCGGCCGCGCCACACUCCACGCCCGAACGCCGGGAAAACACGAACCGUUUUCCGACGCGGCACCGUGCCCGAAGUUUCGCGUUCGAAUUUUGAAAAGUUCACGCGCUCUCGUGUUCUCCGUUGUUUUAAAAGCGAACUGGCUGAAAAUAUAAUUCGUUUUAUCGAGUUUUCUUUUUAAUAUAUUUUUCUUUUAUUCUUAUUCGUAUUGUGAAAGUGUCUGCAAAAUAUAACUUUGUGGGAUGUUUGUGUUUUUUCUCAGUAUUUAUUGGUUGUGAAUUUUGCUAGCGAGCUCCGCCACUCUUUUCACGAUUUCAUUAGAGUCCAUCAAUCAAGCGCCACUCUCAACACGAACAAUUGAGAAGGACGGAUCGCCACCGCUCAACAUGCUUCACUAGUUCACGCUGAAACUUCUCUCGAGAGAGAUGAUACGAGCCGAGUGAAACAGGAAGGAAGACAAGCUUACAGAUGAACGACCUCAACUACAACGCCGGGAUGAGUUCCUACCAGUUCGUGAACUCGCUGGCCUCGUGCUACGGCAACCAGGCGCCGCGCACGGGCACGCCGGGCGAGCAGGGGCACCCGGGGAUCCCCACGCCGGGGGCGGACUACUACAACCCCAACGCGGCGGCGUCGGCGUACCCCAACGCGUGCUACUCGCCGCCGCAGGUCGGGCACCACUACCCGCAGCACCCCUACGCCGCGCCCGCCGCCGCCGCGCACCUCCAGCCGCAGUCCAUGAUCGACUACACACAACUGCACCCGCAGCGCCUGGGGGGCGCCCCGCACCUGCACCAGCACUCCAACCCCAGCCCCGGCGCGCUCUCCCCCAGCCUCAUGUCCACGCCGCCGAGCCAGGCCGCCAGUGCUAGUUGUAAAUUCGCCGAUUCCACCUCCACCACCGGAGUAGCAUCGCCUCAGGACUUAUCAACCUCAUCGGGGCCGGGCAGAACUUCUCCUGGCUUCGGUGUAGGCCAAAACGCAACCGGUCAAACGACUAGCAGCAAGCUCGGGCUGACGACGCCGAUAGCGUCCCCCGUGGAGCACAAGGCCAGCGUGAACCAGAACAUCUCGAGCCCGGCGUCCAGCACGUCCAGCAACGACAGCCACGAGGGCAACAACUCCAGCUCCACCGCCAAGAACUCCAAGUCGGCGUCGGGCAGCCAGGCCAACCCGCCGCAGAUCUACCCCUGGAUGAAGCGAGUGCAUCUUGGACAAAGUACCGUGAACGCCAACGGGGAGACGAAGCGGCAGCGGACUUCGUACACGCGGUACCAGACGCUCGAGCUGGAGAAGGAGUUCCACUUCAACCGGUACCUGACGCGGAGGAGACGCAUCGAGAUCGCGCACGCGCUCUGCCUCACCGAGCGGCAGAUCAAGAUCUGGUUCCAGAACCGGCGCAUGAAGUGGAAGAAGGAGCACAAGAUGGCCUCCAUGAACAUAGUCCCGUACCAUAUGAAUCCGUACGGCCACCCCUACCAGUUCGACCUGCACCCCAGCCAGUUCGCGCAUCUCUCCGCAUAGGAUCAGUGGAAUUUUUCGAAUAGUGGAUAACUGAUUUCUUAGAAGGCAACAGUCGUCCGGUAGACCCGGGGUUCCAUGUAAUAUUUACACUUCGCUCCGGGAAGUGAUACAUAUUACAGUAACUAGACUGGAUCAGUUAUUCGCUGCUCGAAAAAUUUCCAUAGUGUGUUACAUAUUAAGAAUUGUUACAAAGUGACUUUACUUGUGUGAUGGUGUCAGUGCGUGGGAAUGGACCUGGUGAUACUACUGCGACGUUCGAAGGCGGCCUAUGCAAACGAGAUCAAGUGGAGAAGACAACAGGUCUUAGAAGACACUUAUCCUUUGAAUCUUGAACCUAAUGUGUACCUCGUAAUAGAAAAAAUAUGUAUAAAUACUAGAUUAACAGUAAGAUCAAAAUGCACGAAUGAAAUUGAAAUCGAUCAAUGUCCCUCUGAGUCAACGAUUAUUGGAAUUUGGAAUAAAGCUCUAUCUGGAUCUUAGCGACACUUACUGCAGAUGCGUUCGGUAGCGGUAUUGGGUCGGUGUGCACUGUCCCAUAUAGC